AGGCCGUCGUCUUCGGUUUGCAAGUUCCCAACUUGAUCAGCCCCGCGUCUUCAAAAGAGAUAAUUAUAGAGGAGAAAAAUCACAGAUACAGAGAGAGAGAGAGAGAGAGAGAAAUGGGGAAUACAUGGUUUGGAUUGUGCGCCUGCGUGGACCAAGCGAGCAUCGGCGUGGUGGAGAGAUGGGGGCGCUUCGAGAAGGUGGCACCACCCGGCCUUCAUUUCUUCAAUCCUUUCGGCGGCGAGGUGCUCGCCGGCGUCCUCUCCACCCGGAUCCAAUCUCUCGAAGUCCGUAUCGAGACCAAAACGAAGGAUAAUGUCUUUGUGCAACUCAUAUGCUCAAUCCAAUACAGAGUGGUCAAAAUGAAUGCUGAUGAUGCAUUUUAUGAACUGCAAAAUCCUCGGGAGCAAAUUCAGGCUUAUGUCUUUGAUGUGGUUCGAGCUAUUGUUCCAAGGAUGACCUUAGAUGAGCUGUUUGAACAAAAGGGCGAGGUUGCAAAAGCUGUCUUGGAGGAACUCGAGAAGGUGAUGGGAGCAUAUGGUUACAGCAUUGAGCACAUUCUCAUGGUUGAUAUCAUACCUGACUCCUCUGUGCGCAGAGCAAUGAAUGAGAUUAAUGCAGCUCAGAGGCUUCAGCUUGCUAGUGUAUACAAGGGGGAAGCUGAAAAGGUGCUACUGGUGAAGAGAGCAGAAGCUGAGGCUGAAGCCAAGUAUCUGGGUGGAGUUGGUGUAGCCAAGCAGAGGCAGGCUAUUACUGAUGGCUUGAGAGAAAACAUCUUAAAUUUCUCUCACAAAGUCGAAGGCACCUCUUCCAAAGAGGUGAUGGAUCUUAUCAUGAUCACUCAGUACUUUGACACAAUUAAAGAUCUUGGCAACUCUUCCAACAACACCACAGUUUUUAUCCCCCACGGCCCCGGCCAUGUUAGGGACAUUGGCGACCAGAUACGUAGUGGCCUGAUGGAAGCAGCUAGUGCCAAGAUCGAUGGCGCCACAAACUAGUUGAAUCACUGUCCUUCGUGGGUGAGACAUGAUAAUCAGCAAACUUGUUGGUGAUGCCUUUGAGGGUGACAUGAUUGAAUGCAGUCUACUCGUUUUGCUUUCUUUCCUUUUUUUUUCGUUCUUUUUUUUGGGGGGGAAGAGGGUAUUUCACAUAGUAGUAUAAUGAAAGGUCAUUCUAUAUAUCAAUAGUUGCUUUGGUGUUUCGGCUUUUUAAAGAAUUUUUGGGGUGUAAAUGAGUCGUCUUCUUUUUACUCAUCACAAUAAUGUUAAACUGGUCUUGUACAUAGUUUGUUGGAGAUCUU